CAGUUUUCUAGAUUUCUAGAGAUGCCUGAAGCAACUCUGAAGUGUUCCUUUUCACUGAACAACCUAAUGUGGACCUAGAUCUAGAAUCAAAUGUAUUGUAAGUCUUCUUGUGAUCAUAAAAAAAUGGAGUACAUCCAUCUCAACAAAACUUUGCAAACUGUUGAAGUUUCUAAUGUUAAAGGAUCUGUACUGUUAUAUUUAGAUAAUAAAGAAUUCCUUGAAUUUUCCUUUCUUCGCUCAGUAAAAAUAAAUUUUGUUUUAGACGAUUGUUUGAAAAAAACGAAUACAGUACACACUAGCUCAACACAAAGUUACAAGGAAAAUGGUCAGUUUUCUUUAACAAAUCCAACGUAUCCAAGUCAGACUAUUCAGAGUUUUCAACAAAAGAUUAACCUAACCAAUGAUGGUAUAUACCUUCAAGAUAGUGAUAAGCAGACAGAACCUGUGCAGGUGAAACAAGAGAGUUGUUGCACUAAUAGCUUUAUCUCUGCUUCUUCUUCUGAUGAUUCAAUUCAAUCAAUAACUCCAGAAAAGAUUGAUCAACAGGUUCUAAUUCUACUGGAGAGUAGUGAAUCGAAGUUCAAUAAUAAAGUAUACUUUCAAGAUAAUGAUAUGGAUACAGAGCCUGGAAAUAUAAAAGAACUUUGUUCUUUUAGUUCCAACACAUCUUUGGAUGAUGCUGUAUUACAAUACAAAUCUCAAGAAAACCUAACCACACAGGAGAAUAAUUCACUAGAUGACACUAUGAGCCUACCCCUUGACAUGGAGAUAGAAUUUGUGGAUGAUGAAGAGCAAAGUAUUUUUGCACCUAAUCAACACAUCCCCAAAAUAUGUGACAAAGCUGUUGAAGUUAUAUCAAAUGAGCAGGUACAAAAUCAAACAGAAAAUCCUAAAGCUUUGCGAGUAUCUAAAAAAUUAAAGAAAAAGCCACCGGCUAGAUUUUAUUGCAAGUUGUGUAAAAAAAAAUUUCGCAGAAAAAUGGAUCAAAGUAUACAUAAAAGAAACCUUGCAUGUCGAUCAAAGUGUUCAUGUUGUGAUCUGGUUUUUCCUAGUCAAGGUGAUUUGUUUGUUCAUCAAUUUAAGUCAUAUGAUUUUUCUUACCUGAGAACUCAGUUUCCUCAGUUUCAGCUGGAGAAACCAUGUAGAUUUGCGUAUAACAAAAGGCUAACAUGUCCUAUUUGUUCUCAAGUUGUUAUGCGUAAAGGGUUUGAAUGUCAUGUCAAGUUACAUUUUGAUGAACUAUCUUAUAAAUGUUGCUCAUGUGGUGAUACAUUAAAAACAAACGCAGAUUACUUGAAACACUGCAAAUAUCAUCUUCAAGGACUUUCCAUCCCAGAAAUAAAAUACAAAAAGAGAUAUAGGCCAACUACAAAUAAAAUGGCUGAAAACAUUUUAUCAAAAGACUUGACAAAAGAAGAUAGUGUUCAAUGUAAAUAUUGCAAAAAGAUGUUUGGUUCAGAGGAAAGCCUUAGAGCACAUAAAGACACACCCAGCUUAAAUCUGUCAUGUCAGAUCUGUGAUGCUGUGCUUCCCUCUCAAGCCUCAAAGAUUUGUCAUGACUUGGAGGUUCACAAAAUCAAGCUGAAUAUACCAGAUAAAGAUUUUCCUGUAGAUUCAAAUGUUGAAAGCAAAAGGAAUAAAGACAGUGGAAAAAAUCGCAGGAUACCAUCAGGCCAAUAUAUGUCUUGUCCUGUGUGCUCCUUAAAAGUCUCAACAUUUGCUUUACGCCAGCAUGUCAUGCAAAUGCACACACAGGAAAAUCCUUACACCUGUUGCCUGUGUCCUUUUUCUUGCUUCAAUCUCCACAUACUCAGGAAGCAUUGUGAGCGGCAUAUAACAACACCAAAAUGCAAUGUUCAAUGUAAAAAAUGUCAAGAGGUGUUUAAGAACAGGAAGGAUUUUCAAAAACACCUAAAGACACAUAUGACUGUUUGCCAUUUUUGUAAUGUUGAUUUAAAGUUUAUUAGCCUCCUUAAAUCACAUUACAAAAGUGAACAUUCUGAACAAAUGCAUAAGUGCAGCCAGUGUGAAAUGUGGUUUACUUCAGCAGAUAAACUUCAAGAACAUGAACGCAUGCAUCAAACCAGGAUUCGCCAACAAUGCCCCAAAUGUGGAGCAAUGGUAUACAGAGUAGAUCAACAUAUUAGUGACAUUCACGUAGAGCCAGGUCUUGAAUUCCCUUGCUCAAUUUGUCAAAAAAAGUUAAAAAACAAGGCUGGUUUGGUUCAGCAUAUGAGGAUCCAUGAAGAUAAGUCUAGUGGUAAAAUAUUUGUAUGCCCUAAAUGCUCAAAAAAGUACAGCUGUGAGACGUACCUAACUUAUCAUAUAUCAACAAUACAUACAAAUAGAAAGUUUUAUGAUUGUCACACCUGCGGUAAAAAUUUCUCUUUUAAACAUAACUUAAAAACACAUAUGCGACUUCACAGCCCUCUUAAGCUUUUCUGUUGUGAAGUGUGUGGUCAGGGUUUUAAUUAUAAAGCAUCUUUACAAAGUCAUUUAAAAUCAAAGCACAAGGUGGAAUGUUAGCAAGAUGUAAUAUUUUUAAUAUACACUAUUUUUUGCUUCUUUUUGCCCAGCCUUAGAUACCUAAGUAACUAAUUCAUAUUUUAAUGAAUAUUUUCUUACACUUGAUUCUAACACUCAUGUUUUUUUUUACUUUGUGAGAUUUUAAACUAUAGUAUGUUAUAAAAAAUACACAUUCUUGAUUAUGGUACUGGUAUACAGGUUUGUUAGGUAAGAUAUUUGUUUACUUUUUGCAUGUAUAAACACAUGUAUCACAUGUAUAAACCCGAGGGUUCGAACUCGAGACUUUACGGUUUAGCAACCAUGAGCUUUACCGACUCGACCAUGCCGACCCCUUGAUACUAGUAAAUAUGUAUCUUUUUUACAAAAUUAAAAAACAAUUAAUACUGCAGCUUAUACACACCUUUUAGUAUUUUCAAGCAUAUGCACUGGUAAUGGCCACAUUUUAGGUGGCAUGAAUCUUUUUUUAAAAAUACUUCCAACAGAUUUGUAACAUCUGUCAGUGUCAUGUUGGUACUUAUAUGUAAACUCAGCAAAAUGGCCAGUUGAGGAAG